AUGGCCGGCGCAGCAACUCGACGGCUGAAGAAGGCUGCACGAAUAAUCCUUGUUGGUGCGCCGGGUGUAGGGAAAGGGACACAGACGGAGAGGUUGAUUAGCAGGUACCCACAGCUUGCAUCGAUCAGCUCCGGAGAUCUGUUACGGGAGAACAUCCGCAAAAAGACAGAUAUAGGUCUAAAAGUCCAGUCAACGCUGCUUGCAGGACAACUGGUUCCCGAUGCAACGAUCUUAGACCUGAUAUCCUCCGAACUUACCUCUAAAGGGUGGCUCGAGCCAUCAUCCAAGCGUACAACUUCCGCGCCAUCAACUAAGACAUCACUCAACUCAUCGGCAUCGUUCAUACUCGAUGGGUUUCCACGAACAGCCGUACAAGCAAGCAGCCUAGAAGCUCUUGUUCCGAUAAACCUAGUUGUCCACCUCCACACUCCGCCAGCUAUUAUAUUAUCGAGGAUCUCAUCUCGAUGGGUUCAUCCUGGUUCCGGCCGGGUAUAUAACACGGAGUUCAAUGCCCCAAAGGUACCGGGAAAGGAUGAUAUAACGGGGGAACCCCUCGUGCAGCGAGACGACGAUUCCACGGAGGUUUGGGAGCAGAGAUUUAAGAAAUUCGAAGAGACAAGCAAGCCUUUGUUGGAUCAUUAUGAAGGGAAAGGGUGCGUUUGGCGUGUUGAGGGCAACACCAGUGAUGACAUUAGCCCGAAGCUGUUUGCUGAAAUUGAAAGACGGUUCUGUUGA